CAGAAGAAGCCGGAAAGCAUCAACAGGAAGUACUUUGUUACCAUCCUCUAUCUAGUUUUCAAACCAAACACAUUUCCACAGGAUUUGCAGGAUGUUUCUAAUGUAAGAUUAGUCUAAAUGAGACGUUCAUUUGUCACAACUUAAAUGUAGUUUUCAUAUUUAUAAAGUUGUGGUCGAGCUUUUCUUUAUCUGAACGCUGUGACUAAGAAAGUAACUGUAGCAUACACAUUUAGUGUCGUUUAUUUUUUAUAAAGAAUACAGUAACGUCAGCUUCCACGAUGGACCGGGACAGAGCUAGCCCGUCCCCCUCCACCCUGCCGGAGUCCCCUGGUCACAACUCUCCUGGUAACGCCUUACUGCUGGAUCUGAAGAGGGUGUCUGUGUGGCUGGUCGACUGCAGGAAAACACCAGGGCAGAGUGGAACUGUGAGAGAAGGACACGAGGAGGAGGGAGAUUUGAUUUCAUCAAGGGACUCUCCUAACCGUCGCUCUCUCAGCGGGAGGGACUUAUCAUCUGGGGAGCUUCAACAACAACAUGUUGCUGACGAGGCAGAGAAGAGUGUCUCCCAAUCAGAACACCUCAAACACCAGCACAGACGUACAGGGAAGAAAUCUCACCACAGCUGCUCUGACUGUGGGAAGAGUUUCACUACACGGAGGUCCUUCAUAAUUCACCUGCGUAUUCACACCGGAGAGAAGCCUUAUCGCUGUUGUCAGUGUGGGAAGAGCUUUGCUCGGUCUGGACAGCUGACUACACACCGGGUAACACACACUGGAGAGAAGCCUUAUAGCUGUGGUCAGUGUGGAAAGAGCUUCAAUCAGCCAGGCAACCUGACAGCACACCAGGUAACACACACGGGAGAGAAGCCUUACAGCUGUGAUCAGUGUGGGAAGAGCUUCAAUCACUCAGGCAACCUGACAGCACACCAGGUAACACACACUGGAGAGAAGCCUUAUAGCUGUGAUCAGUGUGGGAAGAGCUUUGCUCGGUCUGGACAGCUGACUACACACCGGGUAACACACACUGGAGAGAAGCCUUAUAGCUGUGGUCAGUGUGGAAAGAGCUUCAAUCAGUCAGGCAACCUGACAGCACACCAGGUAACACACACGGGAGAGAAGCCUUACAGCUGUGAUCAGUGUGGGAAGAGCUUCAAUCACUCAGGCAACCUGACAGCACACCAGGUAACACACACGGGAGAGAAGCCUUACAGCUGUGAUCAAUGUGGGAAGAGGUUUGCUCAAGCUUCCAACCUAACUAGACACCAGGUAACACACACAGAAGAGAAGCCUUACAGCUGUGAUCAAUGUGGGAAGAGGUUUGCUCAAGCUUCCAACCUAACUAGACACCAGGUAACACACACCGAAGAAAAGCCUUACAGCUGUGAUCAAUGUGGGAAGAGGUUUGCUACAUAUUACACCUUCAAAUAUCAUCUGAGAAUUCAUACAGGGGAGAAGCCUUACCCCUGUCUUGAUUGUGGGAAACACUUUGCUAGUGCAGGAUCCCUAACCAUACACCAGAGUGUACACACAGGAGAGAAGCCUUAUAGCUGUGAUCAGUGUGGGAAGAGCUUUGCUGUAGCUUCCACCUUGAAUAAACACCAGCGCAUUCACACUGGAGAGAAGCCAUAUAGCUGUAAUCUGUGUGGAAAGAGCUUUGCUGUGGUUUCCACCUUGAAUAAACAUCAGCGCAUACACACUGGAGAGAAGCCAUAUAGCUGUGAUCAGUGUGGGAAGAGCUUUGCUCAAUCAGAUAAACUAACUAUACACCAGCGAACACACACAGGAGAGAAGCCUUAUAGCUGUGAUCAGUGUGGAAAGAGCUUUGCUCGAGCUUCCAUCCUGACUAAACACCAGCGAACACACACUGGAGAGAAGCCUUAUAGCUGUGAUCAGUGUGGAAAGAGCUUUGCUGAGUCAGGGACCCUGAAUUCACACCAGCGAACACACACUAGAGAGAAACCCUAUGUCUGUCUAUGUGGAAAGAGUUUUUCUCUUUUAGGGCAAAUAAAAAAACACCAGAAAUCAAAAACGUGCCAUAUUUCAUCUCCAUCCUAUACCCGACAGUGGUUAUAGAUCCCUAAAUUAAAGGCUCUAUAGAAAACAUAUCCAUCUCCCAUUCUUAAACAGUUGACUUAGUCUGAUCACCAUGGUAACCUCUGUGGAGCAUAAUAUGCAGCUCUGAUCUAGGAUCAGGUCUCCCCUGUGUCUUUGUAAUAUCACACAUUGGGAUCUAAAUGGAUAAAUGUUAUCAUAGAAAAUGUCAUAUUGUGUGUGUGGGGGGGGGGGGGGGGGGAUAUUGAUAAUUGUAUCGUCGUUCAUAUACUCAUGAUACUAUUAUUACAUCUCAUUAUGUAGAAUGUUUCAACAAUAGGUGUAUAUUCAUGUAUUCAAUUAAUCAAUAAAUCCAAUCCAAUAUCUUAUAAA